ACUACCACCACUACAACUACCACUACAACUACACCUACAACCACAGAAUCAACGACAACAACUGAAACUACAACUGAAACACCAACUACAACCACUACAACUACCACAACUACUACAACCACACCCACAACCACAGAAUCAACAACAACUGAAACACCAACUACAACCAGCACCACAACCACUACUACACCCACAACCAUAGAAUCUACAACUGAAACACCAACUACAACCACUACAACUACCACAACGACUACUACAACCACACCCACAACCACAGAAUCAACAACAACUGAAACGACAACUACAACCUGCACAUCCUCAACAACCACUACAACUACACCCACAACCACAGAAUCAACAACAACUGAAACUACAACUGAAACACCAACUACAACCACUACUACAACUACCACAA